UUCUAUUUCAGUAACUUCGGACAAAAGAACUCUGAGUUAUCAAUCAAGUCGGAAGAGGAUGUCAGGGGCAUGCUUACAUCUUUCAAAAUAUAGUGAAAAUAUGGCAAUAAUUCAAGAACUUGUAUUCAUCAAGGCAUGCACUAAUGCAGGUGUUGGCUCUGAAGAAUUUGAGGAGAGUAAAUCCACACGAACAAGCUUCUUCCCUGAUCGUGAGAAGACCCAGCAACAAGGCACUGACUGGACUGAGCUCUCACAGUUAUUCAAUAAGGGAGAUCUUGAGGAAAGCGAUUUUAGACGUUUUGAAAAGUUGGCUUCCCCUAUUUCUCACCUGAUUCUGAAGAAUUUAUGCCAAAAUUUGUAUCAGAAAAUGACAUUGAGGCUAAAAAUAAGGAAGAACCUACCAAACCACCACCGGAAAUGACAGAUGAAUUUAGGCUAAACUAUUUAUAGAGUUUGACAUGCUUGGCCAAAUUUCUAAAACUGUGGAGCAAAAGGAUAUUAUACCUUAAUAUUUUAUCUUUAGAAGUUAUGAGUCACCAGGACGAGUCUGGUCAGAUCGAUAAACCUGAAGAAAAGAAUGGAAAUCUUGAUUAUACACAUAAACACUACUCUUCUGAUCUUCCAGUCUUAAAGAAAAUUGAUUUCCACGAUAAAAAUCACAUCUCAAAAUUUGAGGUUAAAAAUGCUAGGAAUUUGACUGAAUACUUCCGACAGACUGCGACUAAGCUGCAAGUAAUGCUUGAAGAGUACACUCCUGCAGAUUUUAAUAAAGUGAAAUUUUAUCGCCUGAAUGGGGACUAGAUUUUGACCUUUAAGACAAGUCAAAAUUUUGCCCAAAAUGCUCGGAUUAAGAAAGUUAUUAAAUCAUUUGUGCAUUUGUACAAGUCUAAAAGCUUAACUCUGUAAUGUUCUUGAGCAUAUCUUUAUAAUCUAAAGUCUCCAUCUACGCAAAACUUUAUCUUCUUCUUUCAGUCUCUACUUAUCAUGAUCUCUACCAAUUUCCAAAGCCAAAUUCAUAACUUCACCCUCAUCUCCCGGUAAAUCAUAAUAAAAUGACUAAUAAAUACCAUUGUACAUAUUACUGAUCUUCAAGGUCUUCCUUCGAAACUCUCAGUCAGGCUGAUGUCUCAAAAACCCUUUUUACUGUGGGAUUUAAGCUUAAUGAACGCUGAUAAGUAGCGAAUACAAGGGUUAAAGGAUGCAUACUUAGAAGUAGAGCGUUGGGCAGGUGCUGGCAAGAAUUCCUUAACAAUACAUGGAGGAUUUGACAUCUUUCUUAUCAUUUUUUGUGU